AUGGCUGGAGUUGGGAACUUGGAACCAUUUGAUUUAAAUCAUCCAAAUAAAUGGUCAACGUAUAUGGCGCGUUUCGAUUUGUUCCUUCUGGCCAAUGAUGUACAAGAGGAAGGUCGUCAAAAGGCAGCAUUCCUCACAUUGGCCGGAGCGCCACUCUACGACCUCUUGGCAUCAUUGGCGUCACCAAAGCAGGUUAGUAAUCUGAAUCUUCCCGAUAUAAAAACGAUUCUAACCAACCAUUUUUCUCCACGUCCAUCCGAAAUUGCGGCCUAUUAUCAUUUUCACAAACGUGAUCAAUAUCCGGACGAGUCUGUCAGUAAUUACAUCGCAGCAUUGCGCACAUUGGCAGUGGACUGCAACUUCGGUACGGCGCUCGACCGUGUGUGUGGCAUGAAGGACGAAGGACUGCAGAAAAGCUUACUGGCAGAAAAGGAUCUAACAGUGCAAAAGGUUAUCGAACGUGCACUUUCGAAUGAGGCAGCAGCCAUCAGUGCUAUGGCUAUGAGGCACCCCAGCGAACCAGUUAAUGUUGUCAACGACAAUCGUUUUCGUACACGAACAAAAAACGCCGUCAACAGAAACCAGCAGCUGUCAUGCAAUGGUUGUGGUGGAUCACACCCUCGUAAGCAGUGUCCAUAUCGUGAAUCACUUUGCAACGCAUGCGGAGUCAAGGGGCAUCUGCAUCGAGCCUGCCGCAGCGCGUCAAAUGUCAAUUCACACAGAGCGUCUUCAUCCAACUCAACAAAUGCUCGUUCAGGUUCAAUGCGGAAAAAAUCAUCUCGUCGAGAGAAUGUCAAUCAGAUCACGCCCUUGGUCAAUCAGAAGAAGUCGAUCUCAGUUACGAUUAAUGGCAGCACAUGUAUUUUUGAAGUGGAUUCUGGGUCGCCUGUGACCAUCAUGACGGAAUCUACGUUCAAUAGCGUCUGGUCCAACAGAAGGCCAAAUCUUUCCAUGUGUGAUUUGGAUCUUAGCGAUUACCAACGCAACCAUAUCCCAGUCAAGGGGAUCAUCGAUGUGUCAUUUUAUUACAACCGCCGUAAAAUUGACAACUUGCCGCUAAUCAUCGCAAACAGUGGUGGCUCUAAUCUUGUUGGUUGUAACUGGUUCGAUGCACUGGGCAUACGUAUAGAAGGAGUUUUUGCCGUCAACAGUGGUCUCAGCAUCAAAGCCAUUCUAAAGAAAUACGAUCAUUUAUUCUCAACAGAUCUUGGUCGCUACACAGGACCACCAGUGUCUUUACAAAUCGAUUCGGCGGUGCCGCCCGUGAGACUGCCUCCACGCCGUAUACCCUUCGCCAUUAAGGGGCCCGUGGAAGAAGAAAUCGAUCACUUAUGUUGUCAAGGUAUUUUGGAGCCUGUGGAAUACUCCGAUUGGGCAACGCCAAUAGUGCCCGUGGUAAAAAAGGAUGGUUCCAUCCGUAUAUGCGGUGACUACAAAUCGACGCUGAAUAAGGCAAUUAAGCCACACUGUCAUCAAAUUCCAGCCGUUAGCACGCUUUUGGCUUCGAUUGAAGGUGGAUCGAUUUAUGCAAAAAUUGAUUUGGCACAGGCAUACCAACAGCUCGUGGUUGAUGAGCGUUCGUCACUCCUGCAAACCGUGUCAACGCAUAAAGGCGCAUUCAUGGUAACCAGGCUGCAGUUUGGCAUCUCAUCAGCACCUGGUAUAUUCCAAAGCUGCAUCGAAAACGUUUUGCAAAACAUUCCUGGCGUCUUGCCGUACUUUGAUGACAUCGUGGUCAUGGGUAAAUCGAAAGAUGAGCUUGCAAAUAGACUGGAACAAAUAUUUGUACGUUUCGACAAGGCCGGACUACGUUUGCGCAAGGACAAGUGCCAAUUCAGUGUGCCAUCUAUCGAAUUUUUGGGGUUUAAACUGGACAAUAUCGGUAUACGACCCUCACAUGACAAGAUCAAGGCCAUUCAUGAAGCACCAUCGCCAAAGGACAAGAAGCAACUCCAAGCGUUUCUGGGCUUACUCAACUUUUAUCACGCCUUUUUACCCAACAAAGGAACAAUCGCUGAGCCGCUUCACCGCUUGCUCGACAUAAGUGCUCGAUGGUCUUGGAAAGAGCAACUCGAAACAGCUUUCAAUACGCUUAAAAGGCUGAUCAUCAGAGAAUGUGCUUAUCCAUUACAAUGA